CACCAGCUGAUCCAUUCCUCUGAGAGAGAGAGAGAGAGAGAGAGAGAGAGAGAGAGAGAGAGAGAGAGAGAGAGAGAGAGAGAGAGAGAGAGAGAGAGAGAGAGAGAGAGAGAAAAAUGCAGCAAAUCAUGGAGAGCUACUUUGGCCUCACGGACUACGUCAUCUUUGCACUGGUGCUGGGCGUGUCCUCUGCCAUCGGUCUGUACUACAGAUUCACGGGAGGCAAGCAGAAGACCUUCAAGGAAUACAUGAUGGCUGACAACAAUAUGUCAGUGCUACCUGUUGCCUUCUCCCUCAUGGCCUCUUUCAUGUCAGCCAUUACCAUCCUGGGUGUGUCCAAAGAAAAUUACACCUUUGGGACACAGUUCGUUGUCAUCAACUUCUCAUAUCUCAUCUCCACACCCAUAGUGUGCUACCUCUACCUUCCUGUGUUCUUCAGGCUGCAAAACACAAGUGUCUAUGAGUACUUGGAGCGAAGAUUUGGACAGCUGACCCGGAUCUGUGCUUCCCUGGCUUUCUCCCUUCAGAUGACACUCUACAUGGGCAUUGUGCUCUAUGCUCCAGCACUAGCACUCUCAGCUGUCACAGGAAUACAACUCAGUGUGUCCAUCAUGGCAGUGGGUGUUGUGUGCACAUUCUAUUCAGCCCUUGGAGGCAUCAAGGCUGUUCUCAUCACUGAUGUGUUCCAGUCCCUGCUGAUGUUUGCAGCAAUAUUUGCUGUGAUCACUCGAGGUGUGAUGGAUUUCUCUGUGGCUGAAAUAUUCAAGAUUGCUAAUGAAGGAGAAAGAUUGGAGUUCUUUAACAUAUCACCUGAUCCUCGUGAGAGGCACACUCUGUGGAGCCUUGGUAUUGGCGGGUGCUUCACCUACUGCUCCCUGUAUGGUGUGAACCAGGCACAGGUUCAGCGGCUCCUCACCAUCAAGGACCUGCAUCGUGCCCAGGCCUCCCUUUGGAUCCAGUGGCCCAUUCUCACAGUGUUGAGUCUGUCUACCUCAUUUGCUGGCCUUGUGGUGUAUGCACAGUACCACAACUGUGAUCCAAUGAAGAGUGGUCGCAUUGCCAACUCAGAUCAGCUGCUGCCACUCUACGUUGUUGAGACAAUGGGAAUGGUACCAGGUCUCUCUGGCCUCUUUGUCUCUGGCAUCUUCAGUGGCUCACUUUCUACAGUUUCCUCAGCCCUCAACUCCUUGGCAGCAGUGACUUACCAGGACUACAUAUUGCCAUGCAUUCCACCCCACAGUGGCUUCCGGGAGAAAUAUGCUACACGCAUCAGCAAAAUUCUUGCAUGUGUGUAUGGCUUGAUAUGCAUUAUGAUGUCCUUCCUCAUCCCACUGGUGGGAACAGGAGUGCUGCAAGCCUCUCUCACUAUCUUUGGAGCUGUUGGGGGACCACUCUUGGCACUCUUCACUCUGGGGAUGCUCUGUAGAUGUGCUAACCAAAAGGGUGCCAUGGUGGGUCUUAUUUUUGGGCUGAUCAUCACACUGUGGAUUGGAUUUGGCCAACCCAAGCCAGUACCACCCUUCAAGCCUGUGUCUGUUGAAGGAUGUCCAGCCAGCAAUGCUUCCUUGAACAUAGAAAAUAUUCAGAUGACCAGAAACUCAAGUUAUAAGGGAGAUGAAUUUUAUUUUGAUGGCCUUAGUAACAUAUCAUUAACUUUACCUCUUGAAGAUAAGGAAGGAGUAUCAGCAACCAUCCCCUUGGAGUUCAACAGCACAUUACAUGAGGAGAGCACUCCUUUCCUGCACAACCUGUAUGCAGUGUCUUACAUGUGGGUGGCAGCUAUUGGGUUCCUAGUUACCAUGCUGGUGGGUGUCCUGGUGAGCGUUGCCACUGGGGGGAAUACAGUGCUUGAGAGGGAGCUCUUCUCUUCGUGGGUCCACAUCGAAGGGACUGCAGCCAGUGGCACUGAAAACUUAUUCACUGAGAAGUCAGACCACACAAUUGCUGGGGACAUUAUUUCUGUGUCAUGUGACAAGCUCACUUCAGAUGAAAGAGAAAUGUCUCAUCUUUGAUCACUGUGGGAGUUAAAUCUGACAACACACAAAGUGCAACAGUAAUGGUUCAUUCAUUCACAAAUACAGUACAUAUUCACCAGGAUACUGUAGAUUUAUGCUAUACUUAUAGAUUACAGGUUUUAGAAUGAAAUAUCUCACCUUAACCAAAAAUUUCCAUGAAAGAUCUCACACAUGAGUCAUAUCAUUGAGUGAGCAGCUGUGGCUCAGCAUUGCCACCAACUCGGAAAAUGUGUAAUAUAUUUAUCUUACUUUUUUUAUAUAAUUUAUUGACACUUCUAGAUUUAAGGUACAACUUAAAUGUGAGGAAGGACAUGAAUGUAUUCCCAUCUGGAUAAGAUUAUGAUGCAUAAAUACUAAGGACUAAAGUUCGACAAGUUGUGAGCAACUAGAUUUUAUAUAUGUGGGAAUAAGUUGUAAUAAGCUGUAGAUUAGUUCCAAGACACUGGAUAAUCUCUUUAUCUUAAACAUAUUUUGUUUUCUUCACUUGAGCUGUUUCUUUUUGAUUUGGUAAUGGAUCUGCUGGUCAUACUAUGGCAACCCAAAACUUGCUAUGUAGAGAGGUGCUAUGGACCUAAUUUUGAUUAAUCUUUUAAUUCCAUUCCAGAAAAAAUAUAUAGUCAUUAAUUAUACCAUUAUGUGUUCAUAGAAGAAUAUUGUAGUUGUUAAUCUGUUAAUUUUGGAGGAGCCCUAUUGAAAUUUUGUAUGCAUGCCAUCAUAGAUGAUGGUAUACAAUAAAUAUGAAAUUCUA